AUGAAUAUCUUCCGGCUACUAGCCGAUUUCUCCCACCUGGCAUCUAUCUUCAUUCUUCUCCAGAAGAUGAAGUCAUCCAGCAGCUGUUCCGGAUUGUCCUUCAAGUCGCAAGCGCUUUACUUCCUGGUCUUUGUCACACGCUAUCUGGAUUUGUUCUGGACCUUUACCGAUUCGCUGUACCUUACCACAUUCAAGCUGCUUUUCAUCGGCUCAUCUGCCUACAUCAUCUAUCUCAUGCUGAACGAUUACAAACCCACUCAUGAUCCAAAUAUCGAUACCUUCAAGGUCCAGUACCUGCUUGGAAUCAGCGUGAUCCUGGCAUUGCUGUUCCCCCACGACUAUCGACUCUCCGAGAUUCUUUGGACUUUCUCGAUUUGGUUGGAGUCGGUCGCAAUUCUGCCCCAACUGUUCAUGUUGCAGCGCACCGGAGAAGCGGACACGAUCACCACACACUAUCUGUUUGCCCUGGGCGUGUACCGCGCUCUUUAUAUUCCCAACUGGAUCUACCGAUACUUCACCGAGGCUUCCUUCCAGCGAUCCUUCCAGCCAGUCCCCAUCGUGGCCGGCAUUGUUCAGACUCUGCUGUACUCGGACUUUUUCUAUAUCUACUACAACAAGGUUCUGAAGGGCAAGAAGUUCUCCCUUCCCGUCUAA